CCUUGACCUUCGACCGUUCCAAGCUGAAAAAACCUCGUGUUAGUAUUCCAACGGCGUGGUUCAAGGCUGUUCACGAAUGCGCCUUAUCGACCGUUAUAUUUUAGUUUCACUCUAAAUAUGCAGGUUACCGCCAAAACCCCCUAGUGGAUCCUGGAUCCUGGAUAGCCACGCGACGCACCGCUAUUUUGUGAAUGGCGUUCGCUAGUUAUCGUGAUGUAGGUGACGGGACCAGGUAUAAAACGCACCGCGAAUCGUCAGGAAAGUCAGGCUGGACCGACAAAGGCUGACGCAAUGGUCGGCGUGCCGAGGAAUAAAGGCUGUCGGAAUUGUAUUUCCAAGCGACUCAAGUGUGACUUGACUCAUCCGCAAUGUCAGCGAUGCAUCGAGACAGGCGUGAGAUGUCCUGGAUAUGCGCGUGUCUUCAAAUUCCAGAAUGAAGGGCCGGCGCUUCAACAACGGUACAUGCGAGGCGGCGGUGAGCCGUCUUCCGCGCGCACGCGAUCAUCAAAAAAGGGACAGCAAGAGAAGGAGAUUGGUUCUGAGCGAUCGGGUGAGAGGCGUCGGUAUAAAGGACAGGGUGUACCCAGCGAGAAGAAUAUGUGUCGAGCACUUUAUAAGCCAUUCAAUCUCACCAUCGACGAAAGCGUAUCACCAUCACUCGCCGUGCAGACCGUCUCUGCGCAGCAGGUCCAGGUCUUUAUCAACUACAUCUUGACUGCAUGGCCGUGUCUGUUCAAAUGCACAGAAACACGUGUGCCGGUGACAUGGGUUGAGUACGCUGUUCAGCGCGGCUCGGGAAGCCCAUACAACGCUUUUGAUCUGAGCAUGCGCGCAACCACAUGUAUAUACAUGGGGGCCCAAUAUGGCGAUAUGCGGCUGCUAAAUGCCGGCCGACAAUUGUACGGCCGGUCUCUACGGAUGCUUGCCGCGAGCCUGAGCGAUAUCGAAUCAGGGACAUCCGACGAGGUUCUCGCUGCCGCCGUCGUGCUGAGCUGCUAUGAGAUGUAUGCCGGCGCAACAGAAAAGUCCUGGUUGUACCACCAUGCCGGCGUCAUCGAAAUGAUGCGGCUUCGUGGCGCAAAAGCGCAUACUGAUGGCUUCGGACGCGCCAUUUAUAUCGCCUACCGCGGCUUCUUCAUCACCGCCGCUUUGCUUACUGGUGAAGCUUGUUUACUGGAACAGCCCGAAUGGCAGACGAUGAGCGAGUUUAUUGCGGCUGACAACGCCAAGCAACCUGAUUCCUCGCUCUUCACGGACAUUGCUGAACGUGCGUUUCGGGAGAUGGUUAGAGUGCCCGGGUUUGUGAAACGGGUUAAGGAUCUGUGGGAAGCACCACCUGAGAAGCAAAUUCUCCUCGGGCCGCAAUUGCUGCAAGAGCUGGUCCGACUCAGAGCCGCGCUCCGUGGAUUACAUACUGAAUUUGGGAUCACAGUAGCCACGCACGGCGGACCGGAUAAUAAAGAUGCUACAUUCGCCAACGACCGACGGCGGGAGUUCGUCGGUCCAAUCCCAUACGUCUUUUUCGACGGCUUCUCCUCCCUUGCCAUCCGCGGCAUGCGUUCUGGCAUAAUCCUAGUCGACGAGCUCCUCAUCCUCCUCACACCGGACCCGCACAACCGUGACAUCCUACGCGAAGAAGUAAACAUUUUCUCCCAAGUCGACGAUAUAAAUUCCUCCACUGGUGAGUUGACGCAGUCACAAAAGCAGGCUGCGGGACUUCUCCCGUCGAAUUCACUGUAUUCGCUUUCUGGUGGUGGUGGUGGUAGUGGUGCUGUCUCUGCAUCGAAAUUCCCUUUUUUCCUUUUCCCCCUCAACCCAUCGAAUAGAGCAUUUCCGGUGCAAUUGGAGAGUUUGAUUACACCGCAGUACAGACGUGCCCCGAAUACGGCUUGGAUUGAUGGUAUUGCGACUAGUUAUGGGAUGCUGGGCGUCAGGAUACGCAUUAUCGAGGAGAUGUCUGAACGGCAGCUUGAAAUCGAAGACGAAGACGAAGACGAAGAAGAAGACGAUGAUGAUGAGGAGGAGGAGGAAGAAGAGGAAGAAGAAGAAGAGGAG